GUGUGGAACGAGGCCAGCUUACCAUCCACCUUUGGGAAGAAUUGUGGGUGGGAACGAUGCCUCCCCAGGUUGGUGGCCCUGGAUUGUUAGUCUUGAAGGAGGACCCGGUCAGAAACAUUUCUGUGGAGGAGCUAUCAUAAAUGAAGAAUGGAUCCUAACUGCUGCACAUUGUCUUGGAGGGAGAAAUACAGGUUAUCCCGAGGAGUGGACCAUUAGAGCGGGUCAACCGAGAAAAGAAACAUUCGGUGCUCAUCUUCAGAUAAGAGGCGCUAAUGCAACAUACUUCCAUCCAGAGUUUGAUAAAUCUGUCUUCAACAAUGAUGUUGGACUGAUCCAUUUAGAUGCACCAUUUGUGUUUAACGAUUACGUGAGGCCUGUGUGUCUGCCACAAGAGGGCGCUGACCUUGAAGAGGGCACGAUGUGCACAUCGGCAGGCUUUGGCUGGAGGACAGAAGAUGCGGGUGACUAUGAGAGGGUGCUACAGCAAAUACAGCUGCCAGUUGUGAGUGAGGCACACUGCAAGCAGAUGCUAGAACCCU